GUGAAAAUCUCCGUUUAGGAGGAGUUUGUGACUCCUGUAGCUCCUAGGACCUUUACCAAAACGUUUACACAACGUGAGAGUUGGGCUGAGCAGCAACUAUUACAGAGACCUGUGGAGACUUUUGGUCGCGCAAAGUUUGGUCUCCUGACCAAGUAGACACUCUCUGGGAAAUGAGCCAAACCAGCCGACAGUUGCCUUGUGGCAGAAUUUGUCCUGAGGGGGGGAUCAUUAAGCCAGGCGACGCUGUGAGCGCUCCCAGCAUGGCGCUAAAAACUGAAGAAAGUCGUUUCUAUUUGACCAAACACUCAACAGGAAACGGUGGCGGCAAUGAGGACGCAAACAUUUACGGAUCCGGGCACAUUAAUUCGCCAGCCUGUGACAUGGAAAAACACUGCUGUCAAACAGGUGCUGCUCCUCAGGAGGAGUUGUUAAACGCUGGAUGCCGUGUGGGUGACAGUCGCUCUGUUUCUGCCUGCGCCACAAUCUCAGAAACAGCCAGAGAGCUCUGCAAAGCUGUGUCAGUGUCGCUGGGACUGACCCUGGAGUCCAGCGAUUCCAGUGACAUGGACUCUGCUGGCCCCCUGUGUGUCGCACAUGACCAAAUGUCUGGAUUAUACGGAGUCGGAGCCGUGCCUCUGAGCUGUCCUGGAGCCCAGGCUGCUGUUACAAAGUACAGGUGCUCCGAGCGGGAUGACCGGCCCCUGCCUGGCCAGAAGCAACUGGUGGAAAUGUUCAAAAGUUCAGAGACUCGGACAUCUGUGGAUGAGCAAAACUUCACACUGUGCGAAAACGAUGACAUAACUUCAAAGGGGAUAAACCACCUGGACACAGUUUAUGCCCAAUCCGUGCCAGACAGCCUGGAGCACUUCGGCCUAGAGAGGCCGUGCAGAGUCUACAAACCCCCCGAGGAAGCCACAGACUUCGGGGAAACCAUGGAGCACAAUUUCUGCGGUUAUCAGCCCGAGCAAUACACUGUCAAAGUUAAAUCAGAGGACGUGAACUGCGACUCUGUCGAGGCGUUGUGGGGAAGAAAUUACACAUUUAAUGAGAAGUACAACUCUCAGUUUUGGGGAUCGAGGCAGCGCAUGAGUGCGCACAGCUCAAGAGCGAGCACCGCGCUCAUUUGCAGCCCGUACGAGAGGAGCGCCGUGCGUCAUGAACAGUGGUACCCAGCCGGGAUGCUGAGGACGCCCUGUCCCAACAACUACAUCAAGACUGAAGUCGGGGAAUGGCUGGAUGUCAGCUACAACGACACAAGGUAUGAGGCCAGCAGAGAGCAUAUGUUCCCGAUGGAGUUCUUCUUUCCACCACAGAGGACGUGCCUGAUCUGUUCGGACGAGGCAUCCGGCUGUCAUUACGGUGCACUUACCUGUGGCAGCUGCAAGGUUUUCUUCAAAAGAGCUGCAGAGGGCAAACAGAAGUACCUUUGUGCAAGCAAAAAUGACUGCACUAUUGAUAAGCUACGAAGAAAGAAUUGCCCAUCUUGUCGGCUGAGGAAGUGUUUUGAAGCUGGAAUGACUCUUGGAGCACGCAAACUAAAGAAGAUUGGUCAACAAAAAAACCCUGAGGAGGAUCAUCACGUUCAUGACCCUCCAGAAGCUAUGCAGAACAUCUCUCCUAAAUCAGGCCUAAACUUCAACUCCCAGCUGGUCUUCCUCAACAUCCUGGAGUCCAUUGAGCCCGAGGUGGUGAACGCAGGACAUGACCAAGGCCAGCCAGACUCAGCUGCCACGCUGCUCACCAGUCUCAAUGAGCUCGGAGAGAGACAACUGGUCAAAGUGGUCAAAUGGGCAAAAGGAUUGCCAGGUUUCAGGAAUCUCCAUGUGGACGACCAAAUGACUGUCAUUCAGCAUUCAUGGAUGGGGGUGAUGGUGUUUGCCUUGGGAUGGAGGUCCUACAAGAAUGUUGAUGGCAGGAUGCUUUACUUCGCCCCUGAUCUUGUGUUCAACGAACAUCGGAUGCACAUUUCCAGCAUGUAUGAGCACUGCAUACGGAUGAGGCAUCUUUCACAGGAGUUUGUGCUGCUGCAGAUCACCCAGGAGGAGUUCCUCUGCAUGAAGGCCUUGCUCCUCUUCAGCAUCAUUCCAGUUGAGGGUCUGAAGAGUCAGAAGUACUUCGAUGAAUUGCGUCUCUCCUACAUCAACGAACUUGAUCGCCUCAUUAGCUAUCGAAUUACGACCAAUUGUUCUCAGAGGUUCUACCAACUUACCCGACUCCUGGACUCUCUACAGAUGACAGUAAAGAAGCUCCAUCAGUUUACAUUUGACCUUUUUGUCCAGGCUCAGUCACUCCCCACAAAGGUCAGCUUUCCAGAGAUGAUUGGAGAAAUAAUCUCAGUACAUGUACCAAGGAUCUUGGCAGGUUUGGCUAAACCAAUUUUGUUUCACGAAUAGAUGGAUUUUUGUUUUAUCAAAAAGUGACUCAUCUUUGCUGCCUCCAUAAACUUUAUCGAAGGCUUUGUACUGUUUCCCCACAUCUAAUAGCUCAUAGCCCUUUUCCUAUAAUCAUUAUUUUAUUGCAUAUUUUUCCCUUUUAGCCAUAAUUGAGAUUAUUUGUUUUGAAUUGUUUUGAAUUAUCUGAAAUGCUGCAGUGCAUUACUGGUUGACAUCACUGCCGUUUCUAAGUGGAGAGUCUGUGUUUUAAGUCAGAGCAAAGAUGCUACUUUACAUGUCUGUAAAUCAGAUUACAGCAUCCUGAAAGUAGCAGGGUUAAAAACAUUAAGUUUCACAUUUGACCCUCAUUAUAAAUACACUUGACAAGGUACUUAUGUGUACUUCAAUAACAAGAGAUGACCAAAGUAGCAGAUAGGAAUUCAAUCACAACAAAUACUUGCUUUCCUAUUAACGCACCAAAACCUGUUUUUUAUAAUUGCACCUUCUGAGUUUCUACUUGAAAAACUGAAUGUGGUAAAUACAACUUGGGAGGCGUUCGAGUGCUGAAGUGCCUUGAUGUGUUAAUCUCUGAUUUGUUUUAAAAAGUCACACAAUUUCAUUUUAAUAUCAUUCUGGAGGUCAAAACCUCAAAGUGUGCUCAGAUGUUUUCAUGACAGCAUAAAUCAGCCCCCUGUGUUGUUGUUGACGAGGUAUAACAAGAAAGUACCAAAAUAUGAGAAGUCAGAAUCAAACAUUGAAGUCAUUGUGUGGCAUUAAAAUGUGUCACCUUACAUUGUAAAGAUGCCUGGAUCAUUGCUAUGACAAUCAGUGUAGUUGCACAUAUUUCAACUGGAAAAAAACAAAGUAUAUGUGGCAAAUUUUAGUAUGUGUGCUGUGAAUGAAAAAUAUUAGAUUUGCCCCAAAAACUGUUUACCUGUUGAGUGAAUGGGCAGCAGUGUUUUUGCUGCAGGUGGGUAAUUAAGGAUAAAGCCUGCUGUGUGAACAUGUGUUAUCUUAAUUAGAAACAAAAUGCAAAAAAACUAAAUAAUGAAAGUACAAAUCAAGCUGAGUAGUGGUUAUUGAUAUGGGAAUGCAACUAUGUAAUAAUUAAUUACACAUCAUUGUUGCAGGGUUGCAGAAAAUUCCCUCCCAGUUGUAUUUACUGCUUCUUUGGGUCGUCAGUUUGUACUCAACUCAAAUGUUGUGUCAGGUAAAAGCCACACAACCAAAACCUCAAAUUCUUUAUUUUAUGCAUGCAAGGAAUAUUUCACCUGAUCAUUACUAUAUGCUCUUAUGUACUUCUGAAAUUAAAUAUCAUACCUGAUCUUAUAAAGUACAGCAUUAUGAAGAAUUUCAGCAAAGUGACAGUUAUUAAAGAAGCAGCCUGAGUUACAGUACAUACUAGUUGUAACUCUUACACUAUUCUACACACUUGUUAUUAGAAUAAAAUAUUGCUUUAAAGAUAAAGUAUUUCAGUAUUUACACGUGGUCUUCACACAGUACAUUAUCCUUCUUUGACUGAGACAGCAUGACACAAUGCAGGCGUCCACACAAUACAUUGCAUGCUCAUUGUCACUGGUCUGCACUUCAAACUUUAUGUCACCAGGCUGGCAGCAAAUGUGUAAAGAGCUGUUUUCCUGUUGUUAUUCAUUUUAAAGCAUUAAAGCACUUAUAUGUAGUGUGAUAACUUGUUAAAACAGGUACAUGACAUACAUGAAUUUGGGGAAAAUGUAGAGGUUUGUUUAGAAGUAUUGAUACUUUACUUCUCCACUGCACUGCUUCACAAUCACCUUUUUUAAAGAAACUUAAUUAAACGUCACAAUCCAAUACAAAGGUAAUAUAAAUUUGUUUUUGGUAAAUGUUGCAUGAAAAUUCAGAUUGAUAAUGCAACUAAUCUCACCACAGAAAUAUUGUGUCCUUUUCUGCAUGUCUGUAGAUAUAAUGCCUUUAGAAAGUGUUGAACCCCCAUCAGAUUAUGUUUGCAUUUAAUGACUGACAUAAAGUAUUUGGCAAAUGACAAGUUUGAAGCAAAAGAUGAAUGGAUAAAAGCUAAAAUAGAGUCAUCAGCCACAGUGCACAGCUCUUCACCCGUCUACCACGGGACACGACAACACGUUGUGACAGCGUCGUGCUGUGACAGCGUCGUGCUGUGACAGCGUUGUGCUGUGAACAGCGAGCUCCAGCAGCGGGGUCCAAAAGACUUGUACGGACACAAGGGAGAAAGGAUGGCACUAAAUACAGACAAAUGCUCAUUCAGAGUGCCAGAGAUCUUAGAUUAGGGCAUGUUCCAACAGGACAACAAAUAGAAACUUAGAGCCAACUCAAAACUGGACGGGCUUCAAAUGUAGAAUGUGAAAGUCCUUGACUGCCAAACCUCGGAGAUAAACACAGAGGAAAAAUGUACGGAAUGCCUUGAAGAUAACUGAUCACAGACACUUGAGCAAAACAGUUCAAGACUAUUAAUUCAUCGAGUUGAAGACAAUUUUUGCAUCAAUUUCUGUACAUACAACUUGGUCCAUAUGACGCAGUACGUAAUUUAGACUAGACUAGAUUCAGAUGACCUAAUAACCUACAAUCGUAAAAGUUUUUCAUGAUCCAACAAAAACAAAACUUCUGAGGUUUAUUCUGCAUCAUCCUGCAAAAUAAAGUUUUACAACUCAGUAAAUUCAAUUCUUUUUUAAAAGUUUCUUUUAAAAGCUUGUUGAUGCAUGCAUCAUGUGUUUGUACAAUUGUAUUUGUACUUUGACUUUUAGCUUUACACAAAGCAAUGCAUGGACAUCCAUGUAUCUCUCCAAUUACCUGUUUAUUGAACACUCACUGAUGGUGUCAUCUUUGCUCAAUGUGUCUAUCAGACAGCAUGAUAACAUUUUGUUGUACAAGGUACAGUUAUAUGUUGACUGUGACAGUCAGUUUAAGUUUUUUUGUAACGGAUUCCUUCAUCUGCACAAAUGAAUGUCCUCAUAUCUUUAUCUUGACAGACUUUUCAAUAAAUGUAUCUCCUGUCAUGUGAAGGAGACUUAAACAACAGUUCAAUAUAAACAAGAACCCAAAUUACAUAUUUUACAUUUGCAAACAUUUUAAAAAGAGUUUUAGUAUCAGAAGUUUUGAUCAAAUGCAAAAAAAUCUGAAUUUCAGAAUUCCUUCUUCACAUAUCUUGAAUGCACUAUGCUGUAAGAUAACAAAUUACAUUUAGUUAAUGUUUAUUCUUCAAAUUGAUGAUUUUGUUUUGUUAAUGCUGUUGUAGCUUUAUUAUACAUUUAACAGGAGUGGAGUGGGAGUUUAGGGUGGGGGGGUAUGAAGGUAUCACUAGUGCCAGUGCAUCAUGCACCCCUAUGAGCCACCUACAUAUCAAUGCCCUGUACAUUUUUUAACGCUAAUGUUUCAUCCCACUAGCCUACAGUGUUUGUAUGAUGUCAAUGGACAAUAGCUGGUAUGUGCCCAAUGCACUGCAUAUUGACCUGGUUCUUUGUACAUGUUCCAGUAACUGUAUAUAUAUUGAUUAGUUCAGUGUCUGUUUCUGUGUUCGAAACACUUGACUUUUAAGGUAAUCUCUUGUAUGAUUUAUACUUUUUGUGAUCUGUGUGUUUUUCAAUAUGGAUGUUUUUUAAAGGUGUAAAGCUGCAUCAUCUUUUAAAGGCAAUUAAAAUAAUUCUGACUCUGAAG